AUGUCCCAAGGCUAUCAGAACAAAGGCAGUGGAUCAGCUAACCCAAUUAGCAUUACAGAGGAAUCGCCAACGCGUGACAGUGACCAACUUAGUAGCUUGAAUAAAAAUAGUUUGAGCUCGUCUCGCGGUACUAACGACAGCCUAUCUCGUGAUGGCGAACUAAGUGCUAAUCUAACUGUAAAUAAUAUUGAUCUUCAACAAUCUAUAGUCUCGAAUACUAUUGAUAUUGACCCUAGGAAUUCGAGCUUUAACGUUGUUGGAACACGCACACCUCAGGAACAAAAUCAAAUUCCAUUACAUGUUAGACAACAAGCCACUGAGGUGAAUACUAGUAAUAUCGACCUUAGUAACCUGAGUCAACAACUCAAUGACCCGAAUACUAAUGACAUUGACCUAGGGAAUAUUAAUGAGUCGCCUUCAAAGCAAAUACUAGUACCGAGUAAACAGAAAAAAGAUACUGGUACAUUAGUGAAUAGAACCUCGAAGCCCCUAAAAUCACAACUUGAAAAAGAAGAUAAUAAUACUGGAAAAAGCACUAUACCCUGCCCAUUUCUUAAGCGUCGAGGGUGGUGCGCAAAGGGAAGGCGUUGCGAUUUUAAACAUCCACGUGGUGAACAAAAACAUUUGGUGCCCUGUCCCUUUUUGCAAAAUCGAGGCUAUUGCUUAAAGGGUAGCGGGUGUGAUUUUUCCCACAGUACCAAUCAUAACAGAACGGCAUCACGGCCUGUUAAUAACCAUCCCAACCCACCUUUUUUCUCUUACCAUCCUUACCAUCGUCCUCCUAUGGUCCCACAUUUAAGAACACACGGAAUGAGUGUCAACCGAAGUCCUCAAAGUUACUCCCAGUUUGCUCGGUUUUUUCAACUUUGCCCGAAAACCUUAAUGGAAAUCCCUGUCCAACCUCCGUUUCCCUUCGCCUUCCGCGAAA